AGAGAGUCGCGAGGAGCCGAUGCGCCUUCUCCUGCACACGCGAGGAGGCGAGCCUCACUUUUUCCUUUUCCAGAGGUGAUAACACGAGCGUCGAGACGAGUCCCCCCCCCCACCCCCUCCUCCCCUCCUUUCCUCCCCUUCCCCCCCUCCCCUUCCAGUCAAAAAGGGAUAAUAAGAAUAAAUUAAAAUAAGAGGAGAGUCGCCCAGACAAGAGGAAGGAGAGGAGAGAAGAGCCGAGUCCCAAGUUGCGGCUGCGCUGCGCUCCGAGAGGACAGCGCUGAUGGCAUCCGUGCUGGGAAACACCCAGAGCGCUCAGGUCAGGUGCAAGCUGAAGCGCAGGAGGAGGAGGAGGUCGAAGAGAAAAGAGAAAGUCAGUAUGCUGUCGGCAUUGAUCGCCCCCUUCAAGUACAUAAGCCCUGGGACCAGCAGCACAGAGGACGAGGACAGUUUAAGCACCAGCAGUGCAGAAGUCAAAGAAAACCGAAACAUUGGUAACUUAGAGGACCGUUCUGUGGCCUCUGGUGAGUGCCAGUCGCUGUUCCGCUCGGACUCGACAAGAAGCGGCAGCUCUGGUCUGAAGAGGAAAAGGCCGCUGGAAGAAGACAACAAUGGUCACCUGUGUCAACUCCGUCUCAUCUAUAAGAAACUGUCCUGGUCUGAGGCGCCAAAGAAUGCCCUGGUGCAGCUGAACGAGCUCCGGCCGGGCCUGCAGUACCGCGUGGUGUGCCAGACGGGCCCCGUCCAUGCUCCCGUCUUCUCCAUCGCUGUGGAGGUAAAUGGACUAACCUUCGAGGGUGCGGGCCCCACAAAGAAGAAAGCUAAGAUGAAGGCUGCAGAGCUGGCGCUGAAGUCCUUCGUCCAGUUCCCCAACGCUCCCCAGGCCCACCUGGCCAUGGGAAACAUCUCAAACCCAUCUGCCGACUUCACGUCAGACCAGGCCGACUUCCCCGACACACUCUUUAAGGAAUUCCAGUCAUCCCCUUGCGCCGACGGCCUCUCGCUCUGCAACUCGGCCAGCGAAAGCGAGCUGCUGUCGAGCGAGUUGCUGAGACAUGGACGUUUGCUCCGCCACACACUAGACCUCAUGGUUCAGGCCCAGCAGAGGCUGGGCGGGAUCGUUCCAGAGCCCGACGCUCCCAAGAGCCCGGUGGCUUUGCUCAAUGAGCUCCGGCCGGGCCUGCGCUACACCUGUCUCUCAGAACGAGCCGAGGGCAAGCGGCUACGAAGCUUUGUGAUGGCGGUGCGCGUGGACGGGCGGAUAUUCGAGGGCUGCGGUCGCAGCAAGAAGCUGGCAAAGACCCAGGCGGCCCAGUCCGCCCUCCAGGCCCUCUUUAACAUCAGGACAGCCCCCGAGGGGAAGAUUGGCCUCAAAGCCAGCAGGAAGAGUUGUCCUCAUUUACCCCAGGACUUUGCCGAUUCAAUAUUCUACUUGGUGAGGGAGAAGUACCGGUCGCUGGUGGGCGGCUGCAGCCCUGUGCACGCUCGACACAAAUCCCUGGCAGGCAUCGUAAUGACCCGAGAUCUGGACCUGAGGUACGCCCAGGUGGUGGCGUUAUCCACCGGCACCAAAUGCAUCAACGGGGAGUAUCUGAGUGACCAAGGACAAGUGGUCAAUGACUGUCACGCUGAAGUCACAGCUCGCAGAGCUCUGCUGCGCUUCCUCUACUGUCAACUAGAACUCUUCUUGAGUAAAAGGCUAGAGGACUGGGAGGAGUCGAUAUUCGUCCGCCACAAAGAGUGCAGCUACAGGUUGAGAGACAACAUCCAUUUCCACAUGUACAUCAGCACUUCGCCGUGCGGAGACGGAAGGCUCAACUCGCCCUACGAAAUUACCUCUGACCUACAUAGCAGCAGACAUCUCAUGCGGAAACACCGGAGCCACCUGCGGACCAAAAUCGAGUCGGGAGAGGGGACGGUGCCGGUCCGGUGCCGGGGGCCCGUCCAGACGUGGGAUGGUGUUCUGCAGGGGGAGCAGCUCAUCACCAUGUCCUGCACUGACAAGAUCACCAGGUGGAACAUCUUGGGCCUGCAGGGAGCGUUGCUGAGCCACUUCGUGGAGCCGGUGUACCUUCACAGCAUCACCGUGGGCAGCCUGCGCCACACGGGUCACCUGGGCCGGGUGCUGAACCAGCGGCAGGAACGGCUGGCCCCGCUGCCCGCCACAUACCGACGCCACCAGCCCCUGCUGAGCGGGCUGAGCAGCGCCGAGUACCAGCAGCCGGGGAAGGCCACCUGCACCAGCGUCAACUGGACGCUGGGGGACGCGCAACUAGAGGUGGUCAACACUUCAACGGGUCGGAGACGGGACUCGGGGACGUCCUCCCGUCUCUGCAAGCACGCCCUGUUCACGCGAUGGAGCAGGCUUCACCGCAAGUUGGGGAUCCACGUGUCCAGCUCUGCAGACCGCCAGCUCAUGUACUGCGAGGCCAAGAUGGCGGCGCGUCCCUACCAGACGGUGAAGCAGCAGUGGUUCAGAUCUCUGCAGGAAACGGGCCUCGGUACCUGGGUCAAGAAGCCCCCGGAGCAGGAGCAGUUCCUGCAGGAGGUCUGAACAUCACGGGGCCCGCGUGUGUCUUUGUAUGCGAGCAACAAUUAAAAAAAAAAAAAAUAGUGCGUGUGUGUUUGUGUAACAUUUAUUUUUUUAGGGUAAGAUGACACUUUUUGUUCCUCGCUGGACCCUCUAAAGCCAGAGCCGCCACCCCCCCACACGUGUGCGUUUGUGGUUCAUUUUCCGGCCCAUCCACCCGGGCUGCGUGGACGGAGAGAAAAGAGGACAUUCAGUGACUUUCUUUCUUUCUUUUAUGAGAAAAAACACACGGGUUUAAGCAAGCAUCCACCUCAGCGCACCAACCCCCCCCGUCCCCCGCCCCACCAACCCCUUAUUUGGCUGUCAAGGAAGGGUGGGGUAACCUUGAGCUGAAUGAAAGGCAGCCGCUAUCUUGUCAUCAGCUAUUUCCGGGCCCCGAGGCUCCUGCUGAGGAGCAGAGCCACGGGGGAGAGAGCGAGACAGACAGAGACGGGGAAAAAGAAAGGAUCGGGGAAAAAAAAAGAGGGUCCACGUCCAAUUACUGGGCCUGUCAGGGUGACGGGUGAUGGAGAAAGGGGAAGGAGGAUGGAAGCACAGACAGAAGGACAGAUGGCAUCUUCAGAGCAGCCUCACCUUCGUCUCUUUUAUUUCUAUCUUUGUCCUCCGUCUCCCGACUCACCCUUUUACUUCGUAGCGCUCUCUCCUCCCCUCGGCUCCUGCGGCGGAGUUAAACAUGACACGGCGACAGGUUAAUAAACCCCUGGAGAAGGCGAGGUGCGUAAACGGAGCCAUUACGGCUCACCUAAGCGCAAGAGGCGAUGACGGAGGGAGAGGAGGACGGGCGAGAGUUUCCUCUCCUCUCUUCUCUCCGUCCUGCGACCCGCACGGCCUCAGUUUCUGGCCCCCCCAAGUCUUUUGAUUGGCGAGGCCUUCUUGACUUGACCCGACCCCCUCGUGCUGUCAUCCCGUUGCCAUGACCACCCCUGUUCAGAUAAUAGUGGAGCUGGUGUGAAAGUUUUAGUACCACAGCUGUAGUUUGAACUCCGUUAACACUCACUACCAUGUAAAUUUGUACCUCAGAAUAUAUCGUCUCUCCACGUUUCAUCUGUGUAUCACUUAGUGUGUGAGCGCACGUGACGUCUUUAUGCAGCCGUGUUCACGCUCACGACGAUGAUCAUGACGGUGUUGUUCUGUCAUUGCUGUUUUCUAUUGAAGUGAUUUAGCCGAGGCAACGAAAGCGCCAGCAGCAACAGGGAAGAGCAAGUAGGGAGAGCGCCAUCUAGUGGUUUCUUCUCUCUCUCUCUGUUUAAACGUCCUCCAGACCUUUGAUCAAACCUGGGAGAUGAACACGUCACCGGGGAUCAGUGUGUGAGGGAGAUGAUUUGAUGAACAAGCAGAUUAGCUAAAGAAAAUAAUCAAAUUAAUGUAGAUAUGGUCCACAUGUGUCAUGCAUCCUCGUUCCCCUUCAUGUUUUAAUUUUUACACGAAACAAAACACCAGAUACCGUGCAGCUUUAACAUGUAUCACACAGACUGAUUUAAAAUGACCAACCUUGUUAAAAAAGGCCUUCAGUACCAACACUGACCCGGUUUCUGCCGUCGGUGCACAUAUUUAUGAACAGGAAUUCUUCUAUUUAGGAAUAACGGAUGCUCUAAUGUCCGGUCCCCUCUUAAAGGUUGGUCCAGGUUGUGUUAAACGUUAAGAGGGAUGGUCAAGGAAGCACUGAAACCCACGCAUGCGACUCACAUCGGGUUUUAGUAAGUGCUGCUGAGCAAGAACGACCCAUGACCCGGUGUUCUGCCAAUCCUUGCUCCCUGCCGAGAAAUGCUACUUUGUGGUUCUGCGCAUGCACACAUUCUAUUUUCCAAGUUUGCAUCAUUUCUUGCACGAUACAAAAUGGAUAAUAUGGGAUGUUGAAUAUUUGAUCCUUCAAAAUACACGACCCAUGUCAUGAAUUGCAUUACACUU